GAGGUGCAGGCGCUGGGGAGGCGGCGGAGCGGUGGUCCCGUGCAGGAUGUCGACGCUGCCCGCCGGCCCCGAGCAGAGCGCUCCUGCCGCGAGCCGUGCGGGCUUCGUGCUGGGGCUGGACGUGGGCAGCUCGGUCAUCCGCUGCCACGUCUACGACCGGGCGGCGCGGAUCCGCGGCUCGAGCGCGCAGAAGGUGGAAAGUCUUUAUCCUCAAAUUGGCUGGGUUGAAAUUGAUCCUGAUGUACUCUGGGCCCAAUUUAUUGCUGUAAUAAAAGACUCAGUCAAAGCUGCAGGAAUACAGAUGAAUCAGAUUGUUGGUCUUGGCAUAUCAACACAGAGAGCAACUUUCAUUACGUGGAACAAGAAAACAGGACAUCAUUUUCACAACUUCAUUAGUUGGCAAGACCUAAGAGCUAUUGAACUGGUGAAGUCUUGGAAUAGUUCUCUUCUAAUGAAGCUGGUACACAGUUCUUGCCGAGUGCUCCAUUUUUUCACUAGAAGUAAACGACUUCUGGGAGCCCGUCUGUUCACAUUCACCACCCAGCAUGCCUCCCUGCGACUGGCCUGGGUUUUACAGAAUAUGAAAGAGGUGCAAAAGGCCGCUGAAGAAGGCAAUUGUUGCUUCGGAACUAUUGACACCUGGUUGUUACAUAAGCUCACCAACGGUUCUGAGUAUGCCACAGAUUUUUCAAAUGCCAGCACAACUGGACUUUUUGAUCCUUAUAAGAUGUGUUGGAGCGGUCUCAUUACCUCCUUGGUUUCUAUACCACUCUCCCUCCUGCCUCCUGUGAAGGACACAAGCCACCAUUUUGGAUCAGUGGAUAAAGAGAUAUUCGGUGUGCCUAUACCAAUAGUUGCCUUGGUUGGCGACCAGCAGUCAGCCAUGUUUGGAGAGUGCUGCUUCCGGACAGGAGAUGUGAAGUUAACCAUGGGAACUGGAACUUUUUUGGAUAUUAAUACUGGAAAUAACCUUCAACACACUAUGGGAGGGUUUUAUCCAUUAAUCGGGUGGAAGAUUGGGCAAGAAGUUGUAUGCCUGGCUGAGAGCAAUGCGGGAGACACCGGUACUGCCAUAAAAUGGGCUCAGCAGUUGAAUCUUUUCACAGAUGCUGCUGAAACUGAAAAAAUGGCCAAAAGUUUGAAAGAUUCUGAAGGAGUGUAUUUUGUUCCAUCUUUUAACGGAUUGCAGGCUCCGUUGAAUGAUCCCUGUGCGUGUGCCUCUUUCAUGGGUUUGAAGCCCUCUACUAAUAAAUAUCACCUUGUCCGAGCCAUAUUGGAGUCUAUCGCUUUCAGAAACAAACAAUUGUAUGAGACGAUGCAGAAGGAAAUUCAUAUUCCUGUAACAAAAAUCCGGGCAGAUGGUGGAGUCUGUAAGAACGACUUUGUCAUGCAGAUGACUUCAGACUUGAUUAAUGAGAACAUAGAGAGACCAGAUCACUCUGACAUGUCCUGCCUAGGUGCUGCUUCUCUUGCAGGCCUUGCUGUCGGUUUUUGGACUGACAAGGAAGAACUAGAGAAACUGAGGCAAAGUGAAAUGGUUUUUAAGCCCCAGAAGAAAUGGCAAGAAUAUGAAAUGAGUAUGGAAAACUGGCUCAGAGCAGUGCGGCGCUCCAUGAAUUGGUACAAUAGCACAUGAUCAAAUGCGGGUGGAGCUAUAGCUGGUUGACAAAGCAGAGCUCAGGGAUAACCCGUGCUAGCAGUGACUGGGGGAAGGUGUAGAGAAAGCUCACAACCUGAGUGGAGAAAGAAUUGCUGAUUCACAAGAAAACAAAACUACAACUUCUCCUUUUUUAUCUAAACCUUGGAAAAAAUUAUAAGGCAACAAUACCUCAAAACUUAUUUUUGGCAGGUUCCAAAGGACAUUAGCCAUUUAUUUCUGACCAUAUUUUUACACUUAUGGGUACUCUUUUUUAUAUUGGGUCAGUGGUACAG